UUUUUUUUUUCUUCUCUUCCUCGCACACCCUCCCUCCUUACUAGAACACAUAUCCCACUCAUAGACCCGCAACCAUGUGCUGUUAAAUCCGCGUCCCGCCCCCCAAGCGCACCUGAGAUUCUCAUCUCUCCUCUCUCUCUUUUUCAAAAUGUGUUGACUCGCUCGUAAUUUAUAGUCUCAAACUUUUAGUUUGCUGCACUCAUUCUGCCCAUCAUGACUCCGUUCGUGAAAGUAAAAUCUCUUUAAGCUCGACCUACCCAGCUUCUGCCCUUUUUUUCGUUUUGAACCACCUCCCCCCAGUUCAUUUCCUCCCUCUGUUUCGACCUUGAAAAUCACUACUAUGCCAAUGACUUCCUCAGAAUUCGACUUCAACCCUCUGGAAUUCAACUUUGGCCCCUCCGGCCCUAGUUCCCUCCAAACGUCGCCCCUCGUCUCCUCGGCGGACCUGUUUGCCUCGCUCGAUGGCAGCCACAGCACGGCGAUGCUUCUGCAGGACCUGCUGAUGCCUGCGGGCCUCUCGGCCUCGGCUCCUGCUUUGCUCGCCGAAUCGCGUCUGCCGCUCGGCUUUGCAACCAGCCCCACCGUUUCCCCUGCGAACGAGUGCCUCCAGGACUUUUCCAACUCGCUCUUCCCCACCCCCCAGCAGUCGCCCCUGUCCGAGUUUGUCUGCAGCGACCCCUUCGCCUCGCCUGCGGCCUCGUCCUUGGCCCUGUUCCCGUCAACGCCCAGCCUGACCCAGGCUGCUGCGAUGCCCUCGCCCAGCAUCAGCAUUCCUUGGACUCCUGCCACGCCCGUGGUCUCGACGCCUUCGACGCCGGUGCUGCCCUCCUCCGGCAUUGAUCUCGGCGCCUUGAUUGGACUCGCCAUUGCUGGCGCAAUCAAGCAGCAGCCCCCUCCUCCAAGCGCGGCCGCUCCUGCCACGUCCGUCGCAAACAUUCCGCCAAUCACGAUCCAGCAAACCUACCGUGGGCAGAAGCGCAACGUGACCGCCGCCGAGAUCAUUGCCGAGGAGCAGCUCAAGCGCCAGAAGAACACGGACGCCGCGCGCCGCUCCCGCCAACGCAAGGCCGAACGCAUGGACACGCUCGAGCGCCAGAUCAAGGAGAUGGCUGCCGAGCGCGCCAAGUUCCAGGCCCAGCUCAACGCCAUGAACGAGCGCGACGCCGCCCGCGUCAAGGAGAUUGAGGCCCUCAAGGCUGCUCUCAGCCACGCCAAUGUUCUCCUCGGCGAGGUCGGUCUCGGCAUUGCCGAGCUCGACAAGCCGCUGUGAGCGACGGAGGUGGCCCUCUGUUUGCAGCUUCUCCCGCAACUCACGAUUUUCCCUCUCCAUCUCGUUCCAUUUCCAUCCAUUUCAUCUCCAUUCCAUCCGACAUUUUCCUCUCGAUCGAUUCUUGUGAGCCCAUUUCCAAAAUCCUGAUUUUCAAAUAAAUUCUUUUUUUUUUGUUCAA